CGCAGGCGCGGGGCUUCCGCAGGACUCCGGACUGUAGCUAGUGAUUGUCCGCCGGCCUCCCGCUCGUGGGCGUGGAGGGCGCGCCUCUGCGGGAGAAGUGACGUCUGCGGCCAGCUGUUUUAUUUGAGUAAAUAAGUCGUGAAGGAACUGAGGACCUACCUUCGCUCGUGAUGAGUUCACAAACUGGAAAGAAGGAGACCAGGGAUCCAAGUUUCUUCACCAUGGGUAUGUGGUCCAUUGGAGCAGGAGCCCUGGGGGCUGCAGCCUUGGCCCUACUGCUGGCCAACACCGACAUAUUUCUGUCCAAGUCUCAGAAAGCAACGCUGGACUAUCUGGAGGAUAUAGAACUGAAGACACUAGACACCAAGCCUAGGAUUUUCAAAGCAAAGGAGCUCUGGGAAAAAAAUGGAGCUGUGAUUAUGGCUGUGCGGAGACCAGGCUGCUUCCUCUGCCGAGAGGAGGCUGCAGAACUGUCUUCUCUGAAGCCCAAGUUGGAUGAACUGGGUGUCCCCCUCUAUGCUGUGGUGAAGGAGAAGAUCAAGACGGAAGUGAAGGACUUCCAGCCCUAUUUCAAAGGCGAAGUCUUCCUGGAUGAAAAGAAAAUGUUCUACGGCCCUCAAAGACGGAAGAUGAUGUUUAUGGGCUUUGUCCGUCUGGGUGUCUGGUCUAAUUUCUUCCGGGCCAGGAGUGGAGGAUUUUCUGGAAACCUAGAAGGGGAAGGCUUCAUCCUCGGAGGCGUUUUUGUGGUGGGAGCAGGAAAGCAGGGCAUUCUCCUUGAGCACCGAGAGAAAGAAUUUGGAGACAAAGUAAACCCAGUUUCAGUUCUGGAAGCUGCUAGGAAGAUCAAACCACAGACUCUGGUCUCAGAGAAAAAAUGAUUGUGCACGAUUGCCCAUUGCAGGGUUCAUUAGAGGGUACUCAUUUGUGUUUCUGCUCUUGGGGACUGUAAGGGGUUAAAAAGUCCAUGUAGACCAUAGUCUUGGAAUAAGUUACUAACAUAUUUUAAUUGCUUUGUGCUUUGGCCCAUUAAGACAAAAUAGCCCUCCAACAAGACUGACAAAGAUUUUAGAAAUUAGUGACAGGUUGUUUUGUUUUUUUUUUUUCAUCUAAAUGUGGAAAACAUGAGGCUUAAAGUUGAUGAUUAUAUCCAAACAUAUAGUGUUUGGAUGCUUUAAUUUGAAGUAGUUUUUAUUUCCUUGUUUUAAAAGGUCUGAGAGGGCUGGGAGAUAUCUCAGUAGUAGAGCACAAGAUUUGCAUGUCUGAGCCUCCCCAGAGUUGACCUCUGAUACUACCAUAUACCUGAGCUGAGUGGUACUCUGGUCUCUCUUUAAAUUCUUUUUUUUUUUUUUAAUUGAUAUCAGAGCCAUUGCUGGAAUCCAGUGCCUACAUUCCUGGCAGCCACUUUUUUUCUUUUCUUUCUAUUUUAUUAGAUAGGACAGAGAGGAAUCAAGAGAGAGGGGGAGAUAGAGAGGGAGCUAGAAAGAUAUGCACCUGCAGACUCUGCUUUACCACUCAUAAACUGUGUCUCUCAGAUGGGGAAAGGGGACUCAAACCCAGGUCCUUGCACAUGGUAACUUGUGUGCUCGACUAGGUGAACCACCUCCUGGUCCCCUCAAAUCAAUCUUUUUUUAAUUAAAAAAAAAAGAUAAUUUAAGGACGUUGAUGAUUGACUUGAGUGAUAAGGAUUUAAGGUUUUUGACUUGUGUGUUUUCUACUAGUGACUUGUGGAAGUAAUAUUAAUAUUAAAUGAAUUAAUGUUCUCCCAAUGGCUACGUAAGGGUAAAUUGUAAAGUGAAAUCUUUAUUUCCUAUCUUCCAUUCUAACCUCAAAGAUGUGCUUUUUUUUUUUUCCAAAAGAAAUCAACCUCUUACCCUAAUAAAGUUGUGCUUCAGGAA